UGCAAUACUUUUUAUCAUCAGAUUUAUAGUUUUUUCAUAUAUUACGACUAUGUAGGUAUGUACCUACGUUGCAUGACGAAAGCUUAAAUUAUGCUACCGUUCAGCAAAACACUUGCAUUUCUUUACAUUUGGAUAACCAUCAAACCAUCAACGGUGACAGCUAAUUUAACGAAGUUUAUACUAGUCUGGACGAAUGAUAAAGAGUACACGCACAAUAACAGAAUUAAUUCAAGACGUGCGGACGGACAAUUGAUGUUUACUAAAAGUAAUUGUCCAGUUCAAAAUUGCUACAUUACAGAUGAUAAAAAUUUCUUUGGCAAAGAAAAUGAAGAUAGAUUUGACGCUAUACUAUUCAACGGACUUUACAUUGAUAUGUUUAAAGAUGUAAACGAUCUCCCUAAAAGAGGAUCAAAUUCCUGGAACGCAAAAUACAUUUUCGUAUUCGCUGAAUCUCGUUGUAACAACACAGUAAAGUAUUGCAAUGAGACAAUACCAGUUUGUAAUGAUAUAUUUGAUAACUUCUUUAAUUGGACAGCGACUUAUAAGAAAGGUUCUGAAAUAGUGUUCUCUACGUACGAGAACAGUCUUCGGCAAAAAAUGUUUAUGGCUUGCAAAGAUCACAUUGGACGCGAACUGUUACCGGAUUUGACACAAAAGAAAAAAGCUGUUGUUUGGUUUGUAUCAAAUUGCACUGACAAGGAGAAACAAUUUGAAUACGUCACAAGUUUGGAAAAAUCUCUUUUAGUGUACAGCCAAACUUUAGACAUUUAUGGUUGCGGAGAUAAUUUUUCUUCGCCAAAAGAAAAUAGUACGGAAAAUGAUUUGCUGAGAGAUGAAUAUUUUUUCUAUUUAGAUUUUGAGCCGUUUGAUAAUGUACUAAAUGAAUGUCCACUCGCACGGAACAGCGUUCCAAUUGUGUACGGUCUAGAAAAUUAUUCUAGAUUCAUGCCGCUGGGAACUUAUAUCAACGCUGAAAAAUACAUGCCCGAAAGUCUUGCCACGUUAAUAGCCUACUAUGUUAACAACCCCGACAAAUAUAGUGAUUUCUAUACCAACAGAGAUUACGAAGCCCUGUACAUCCCACCUAAUGCGCGUGCGUACCAUUGUCAGCUAUGUGCAGCCAUUAAUAACGAGCAGAUGAUGGCGGCUAAAAAGAUCUAUAAGUUAUUUAGGCAUUGGUGGAAUCCUGAUUAUGAAGAAUUGUGUAAGCAUACCGUAAAGUGGGGCUAA